AUGUCCACCCCCCUCGAGCGCGCCCUAACAGCCAUCGACGCAGCCCACGCGGAAGACCCAAAUAAAGUCACCAUCAAUGGCACCGAGAUGCCCUACGAACUCCACUACGCGCAGAAAUGCACCUCCUACCUCGAGAAACGCGCCCCCUCCGCCUCCGAGCCCCUCCGCCUCGCCAUCCGCGCCCAACACUUCCGGCGCUGGGAAGUGCCUCGCGCGAGCUACCCCAUGACGCGCCCGGGCUACCACGCCUGGCGCACGUUCCUAAAAAAACGACAAGCGGAACUCGUCGAACAAAUCUGCGUCGAUGCCGGAUACACCACUGAAGACGCGUCGACAGUAGGCAGUUUGAUCCGCAAAGAAGACCUGAAAGUGAACGAGGAGACGAUGGUGCUGGAGGAUGUGGCGUGUCUUGUUUUUCUGGACGACCAGUUUGAGGCGUUUGAGAAGGAACAUGAUGAGGAGAAGAUUAUUAAGAUAUUGCAGAAGACGUGGGGGAAGAUGACGGAGAGGGGGCAUGAGUUGGCGUUGGAGAUUCCGAUGGGGGAGAGGCCGAGGGGGGUUGUUAUGAAGGCGCUGGAGGGGAAUUGA